GUCGUAGUAAACGGUUUGUGAGAUCGAAAUUUGAAGGACCCGUGUGUCAGCCAAAAGUGUGUGUGCUGCUUUUUUCAUUCGUCUUCUUCUCUAUCAAUGCGUGAAUACACGUAUAUAUGAAUUAUUUCGAUAUACGAAUCGUCUCUGUCCUGCUCUCUCGCGCGCGCGUUCGUCAUCAAUUUGUUGAUUGUUUGCGAAUCAUUCAAUGUUACGUGUUCUGAAAUGUGUUGAGAGAGCUGUAUGUAUCGGUAAAGUGAGUAAUAUUGAACGCACUUUCAACGAAGUUAAUAACGAAAUCAACACUCGUACACUCAACACAGUGAAAAAGAACACUGUAACAAAAAAAAAAGAAACGAGAGACGGAAAAGUGAAGACGAAACAACGAAACAACACACAAAAAUAACAGUGAAACACCGAAGAAGAAACGAAGUAGAAGAGAAGAAAAAAAAAAAAUUCUUGACUGCGAUCCACACUCCCAUCGUGUUGAUGGAAAAGAAAAGUCAGUGCUUGCAGUGUUUCCAUGUGCAUGUUCAUUGUGACGAGAAGAAAAUGUUUUACAAACUAAACAAUCAAAAAUUGUGUGCAGAUUUGGUGAAUAAAUUGCAAUUGCCGAUACAAAUCUAAAAUUGCACAUUGAAUUCGACACAACAAAUCAAAUUGCAGUUUGAAUUUAAAAAAAAAAAAAGAAGCUACAAAUUCAUCGGCUGAACCACCUCAGUGUAAAAUCAAGAACGCGAAUCGACAGCGACGAAUAAAAUAAAGCUACAGAUACAGAAAAACCGAAAAAAGUAUUUCAAAAAAAAAGUAAAAAAUCAAAUCAGUCGAUCGAGAGAUUUGGUCGGAGGUGAUUUUCAUCUGGGUUUUUUUAUUUUAUUUCGGCAGUCACCACACCGAAUGUGUUGAUCUAACGUGGAAAGAUAAAGAAACAUUGCAGAGAGCAACAGUGCGAAAGAAAAGACGACUACACGACGCAAUUACGUCAACAUCGACGACAAAUAUUUUGCAACGACAGAUUUGCUGUUGUUUUUGUGUAUGUGAUAAAUUGGCCUGCCACGAGCUAGCUUUGAGAGUAGGCAUCCUUGAUGCAGCAUGAUGAUGGUGUUCUUUGCAAUUCUGUCAGCUGUGUUUAAUGUUCCCGUACUGAUUGGACUAUUGAGCAUUGUAUUCUUUGCAUCGAUCGGUAUAUCGUUGGGCGUUCGAAGGGUUUAUAUCAAAGUUUUACUCCAAAUAUUCGAGUAUGGCCGUCAAAAUAUCGAAAAUGUGCGAAAGAAAACGCAUCCGUUGAUAAAUCGACUGGAUUCGGAAGAUGAGCGAAAUGUAAGCGGAACCGCCGACGAUACGUCGGACACAGUUGAUGGCAUUACUACGAGCAAGGAUCAAUCAUUCGAUCCAAGUGGAGAGUUCAAAAAGCCAUUACCACCAGCCGAAUUGAAGCCAGCCAAACGAAAAUCGCAUAAAAAGCAUAAUUCCAAUGGAAACACAGUGAUAAGUCGCGAUGAUGCGCUCAUUCUAGUGCCACACGGUGUACAAAACACCGAUGGAUUCACAUUUGUUCGAACGCCAAGAGGCAGUGAUAAUGAAAAUAGUGACACAGAAACGGAUCACCCGGUUGAUUUUCAUUUGGCCACAUGUCUCGGUUACAUCAGAUCGGGUGUAGAAGCGAUAAUCGAAGAUGAAGUGACAUCUCGAUUCGAAGCGGAAGAGCUUAAAAAUUGGAAUUUAUUGACGCGAACCAAUCGUUAUCAUGAAUUCAUAUCGUGGCGCCUUAGUAUCAUUUGGUUCAUUGGAUUUUUUAUUCGUUAUUUCAUUUUAAUGCCAUUCAGAGUGAUCAUCUGUUUCGUUGGGGUGAAUGUGGCAAUAGUAGUGUUUACUUUGAUCGGAACGAUACCGAAUGCUAGGCUCCGAAAGUGUGUAAACGAUGUGCUGUUCAAAGUGGCAUUUCGAUUGAUGUGUCGACCAUUGUCCGCUGUGGUAACGUUUCACAAUACGCAGUAUCGUCCGAACAGCUCCGGAUUCUGUGUGGCAAACCACACUUCGCCUAUGGAUGUGGCCAUUCUGGGUGCCGAUUGCACCUAUUCGUUGGUUCUUUGGUUAACAAUAUGCACAGCAGCUGUGGGAUUUUUACCAGACGGUGAUACAAAACGAAAAAUGGUCCAUAACGUGUUGAUACAUUGCUUUGUGUUUCUGUCCAGUGCUUUGUCAGCCGUCAUCAAUUAUCAUGAUAUUCAAAAUAGACCAGGUAAAACUGGCAUUUGCGUGGCAAAUCACACGAGUCCAAUCGACGUUCUCGUUUUAAUGUGCGACAAUUGCUAUUCAUUGAUUGGUCAGCGACAUGGUGGAUUCUUGGGCCUGUUGCAGCGUGCAUUGGCACGUGCCUCACCGCACAUUUGGUUCGAACGCGCCGAAUCGAAAGAUCGAAUGGCCGUUGCACAAAGAUUGCGUCAACACGUUUCGGAUCCAAACAACCCACCGAUUCUCAUCUUCCCAGAGGGCACAUGUAUCAACAAUACAUCGGUGAUGCAAUUUAAAAAGGGCAGUUUUGAAGUCGGUGGUGUUAUUUAUCCGGUUGCUAUCAAAUAUGAUCCGCGAUUCGGUGAUCCAUUUUGGAAUAGUUCAAAGUAUUCAAUGAUGCAGUAUUUGUUUUUGAUGAUGACAUCGUGGGCAAUCGUGUGUGAUGUAUGGUAUUUGCCGCCGAUGUACCAGCAAGAGGAUGAAUCGGCCAUAGUAUUUGCGAACCGGGUAAAGGGUGUGAUCGCUGAACAGGGUGGCCUAGUCGAUCUCAGUUGGGAUGGUAACCUCAAACGAAACAAACCGAAAGACGAAUGGAAGGAGAAACAACAGGAAGAAUUUACGAAGCGACUGAAAGGCGAAUCAUAAAGUGUUUUUUUUAAUUUGUUAGUUUUCCACACGCCUCGUUUUGAUUUGUAUUUAUUCCUGUUGAAUGUAAAACCGACGGUUUUUUACCACUCAUUCAGAAAGAAAAAUAAAAGCUGAUGAUAUGCAUCAGCUGCACACACACACACACACACACACACCAAAUAAACGUACCAUCUUAGAAGAAAGAAAAAACACACCAACAACCGUUUGAAACGAAAACCGAAGAAUUAAACACACAAAAACAACAGAAAAAAAUGAAACAUGUAUUUUAGACGUACAGUGAUUGGCUAUUUUUUUGAUUGUUUUUCAUCUAAAUAUAUAUAUUUUUUUUAUUUGCCUUCAUUAUGAAUUUUGAACUAGUUUUCCCCCUGUUUUCGAUAUAGUAAUUUCAUUUCUUCCCUUCUAUUUUCUUCUCUCUCCAUUAAGUCGUUUGUAACUUGGAAAAUAAAGAAUUGAAUAAGAAAGUUAUAGAGAUUAUUUUGUAAAGAAACAAAAAUAAUGGAAUAAAGCAAAAACAACAAAAUUAUGAGAGAAAACAAAUUCAUUUCCAUCCUCCUGAUGAGAAGUACAUUUCCAAGUGCAAAAAACUAUUUUUACUACUAUAUAAUCAUUCACUUUCUGCUCUAUUUUUGUGUUGUGAAAAAGUCAUUAGUUUUUCCAAAUCAUUCAAUUUUUCACGAGAGAGCGAGAGAGAGAGAGAGAGAGAGAGAGAGAGAGAAGGAGAGAGAAAGUGUGAUUAUUACACGAAAGAAUAAAAAAAAUCCUUUUCUAGCUAACUAUUGUAAUUAAUUCUAUCAACAACAAAAAAACUUUUUUAUGAGAGAACCAUUUUUCAUUAGACAACCACACAAACAAUAAUGUCACGCAGAUGUCUGUCGCGCAUAAAUUUCGCAUGUUGUACUUUUCUUUAGCUGUGAUGAUAAACUUAUUUAGCUUAGAUUAAACUAACUUUUUUGUUGUUGUUGCUCAGCGCAUUGUCUGAACCAGAAAAAAAAUUCACAUUAGGUGUAGGACUUACACUAUAGAUUGGUUGUUUAUUUUUUUUGUUUCAGUUUCUCAAAAUGGGCAAAUGAUAGGAAGAAAAAUUAAUCAUGUGAGAGAAAAGAAAAAUGCAUUACAAUAAAAAUGACCAUUAUUUUUUAA